AUGGGUCAAGGUCGCCGUAUGAAAAAGCAGGGCAUGCCCGAUGUCCUCGACGAAUCGCUAGUAACCAGGAAGCGAAAAGAUGCGCCUGUCGCUGUAAACCCAGAGCGCAAGAAGAGGAGUAGGAUAGCUGCAAGAGAAGCUAAGGAGGCCAAGGCCAAGGCGACACCUAAGACGAGGGUGGCUGGCAAACCUGUCAAGCAGCCUCUGAAGACGGCUGCUGCUGUCGUAAAUGGAGCAAAGGCAAAGGCGAAGAAGUCAGCACCUCAACCGCCAUCCGACGACGAGGACGAUGUUUCAGAUGUCGAAGACUCUGACAUGGAGAACAUCAAUGUCACUGGACUCGAUGCGCUCGGUAGCGCGUCCGAAGAUGAAGACGACGAGGAGAUGAACGACGACGAAUUCGAUUCAGAUGUUGUGGACUCGGACGACGACAUCAGGAGAGGCGCAGCCAUGUGGUCUGACGACGAUGACGAGGAGGACGCAGAGGAGAAGCUCACAGCCGCCAACAUUGCUGGUUUGUCCACACGCUUGGAUAUGCAAAAGGCGAUCGAGGAUGCUGAGGCGCAGGCCGAAUUGGAGGAGAACAACAUGCAGACAAACAUCGUGAAUGAGCGACCUAAGAUUCUGGAGGAUGAGGAGGACGAGGAUGGCAGGCCAAUCACCAAUCUCGUUAACCAGGACAUCCAGCUGCUGCGCACAAGACUCACGGACACCAUCCGUGUACUGGACGACUUCAAGAACCUUGCCGAAGAAGGCCGGAGUAGAGCAGAGUACAUGGCAUCGCUUCUGAAGGAUAUCUGCGCUUACUACGGCUACUCUGAGUUCCUUGCAGAGAAGCUUCUGAACCUCUUCCCACCUCGCGAAGCCCAAGCCUUCUUCGAAGCCAACGAAACACCCAGACCCGUCGUCAUCCGCACAAACACCCUCCGAACACACCGAAGAGAACUUGCGCAGAGCUUGAUCAACCGUGGUGUACAGCUUGAGCCCGUUGGAAAGUGGUCUAAAGUUGGUCUGCAGAUUUUCGAUGCACAGGUGCCUCUGGGAGCUACACCCGAAUAUCUUGCUGGACACUACAUUCUUCAAGCUGCCUCUUCGUUCUUGCCUGUCAUGGCCUUGGCGCCUCAAGAAAACGAGCGUGUGCUCGACAUGGCUGCUGCCCCUGGUGGAAAGACGACACAUUUGGCUGCCUUGAUGAAGAACACCGGAUGCAUUUUUGCCAACGAUGCCAACAAGGAUCGUGCCAAGGGUCUGAUAGGAAACAUCCACCGUCUAGGCGCGAGGAACGUUAUUGUUUCCCAUUACUCGGCUCUUGAAUUCCCUAGGGUUAUGGGUGGUUUCGACCGUGUCUUGCUUGACGCCCCAUGCUCUGGUACCGGUGUCAUUGCCAAGGAUGCCAGUGUCAAGACCAACAAAACCGAGGCAGACUUCAUGAGGCUACCCCAUCUUCAGAAGCAGCUGUUGCUUGCGGCCAUCGACUCCGUCAACCAUCACUCGAAGACUGGAGGGUACAUCGUCUACAGUACUUGCUCCGUUACCCUAGAAGAGAACGAACAAGUCGUGCAGUACGCGUUGAACAAGCGAUCGAAUGUCAAGCUUGUGGAGACCGGACUCACUUUCGGUAAGGAAGGUUUUACCAACAUUGGUGGCAAGAUCUUCCACCCCUCAAUGAAGAUGACAAGGAGAUACUACCCCCACACAUACAACGUCGACGGUUUCUUCGUCGCCAAGUUCAAGAAGAUCGGUCCUACCCCACCCAAUGCCGUCGGUGUCAACGAAGCUUCAACAGCAAAGGCCAACAACACAGCCAACACCGUGGGCGCAGCCACAGAAGUCGAGGUGGUCGAUCGCACACCCAUUGGUGCGGACAGCGACGAGGAAUCAGACUUUGGCGGCUUCGAUGAAGAGGAGGACUCAAAGUACAUGGAAAAGGCUAAGGCGAAGACAAUGCGCAGGAAGGGCAAGGACCCUAGGGCUUUCGUGCCAAAGGGUGAGAAGGCUGCAAAUGGUACUACGAAGAAGGUCACCAAGGAGGCCACGAAGGAGGCUGCUGAGGAAGCGCCCAAAGCCAAGAACGGCGAGGAGAGCGUAAAGGAGAAGUCAGGCAGGAAAGAGAAGAAGGGCGGUGGUAUUGAAGUCGCUUCUACCGCGAAUGGCGUCAGUGCGAAGGAGACCAAGGUUGAGUCUAAGAAGGCGCGGAGAAAGAGUGGUGAGAAGAAGAACAAGGCAUAG